AUGGAAGACACACGUGGCAUGCUGAUGGUUGUGGCAACCAUGAUAUCAACUGCAACUUUCCAAGCUGCAGUAAACCCACCCGGCGGUGUUUGUGAAUAUGGUGAGAAAUGCUUUCCUGGAAGUUCAGUGGUAGCCACCGUUUUAAAAGACGAUUUCUUUUUGUUCGUAAUAUUCAAUACCGUCUCGUUUAUUGCUUCUCUCAGUGUCACCCUUUUGCUUGUUGGCGGAUUUCCCCUCCGGAAUCGUGUAAUUAUGUGGCUUUUAUCAAUGGCCAUGUGUCUCACUGUCACUUCUAUGGCACUCACCUAUAUACAGGCUCUCAGCUUAGUGUCCCCUGCUGAUGAUACUUUCGAAUCAUAUGUAAAAAUGUUCAAGAUAUCCGUUGGGGUUUGGACUGCGUUGCUUCUAACCAUCGCUGCAAUCCAUACCAUUCGCCUUCCCAUUUGGUUGUCAAGGAAGUUGUGGCGCAGGUUCAAGCAUAAGAUCCCAAAAAGCCUCAGGAACGUGAUUGAUAGUUUGGUGGAUAGUUCGAAAGCACGUCACCGUACCAAAAAAUUCUGA